GUCCCCGGUUGGAUGGGGGGUCCCCAGUCCUGAGGGGGCCCUCCCCCAGGCCUGGCUCCACCUUCCUCUUCUCCUUUGCUCUUUGCUCCUCUCUGCAGGAAAGGAAGGAAGACCAUGGGGCGUUUCGCCUUGGUGAGCCUCGGCUGGCUGAUCCUGGCCGUCUCCCUAAGUGGAGCUGGAGCCCAACUCUGUUGUCCCUUCACUUGGUACACUUACAGAGGGGUUUGCUACAAGGUCUUUGAUAAGAAAUUCAGGACCUGGAAGGAUGCAGAGGCAUUCUGCACAAACAAGAGCCCCGGCUGCCAUCUCGCCUCCAUCCAUAGUGAGACAGAGUCAGCUGCCAUUGCCGACUACUUCCAUAAAGUCGAAAUUUAUGGCAAUAUCUGGAUUGGACUGUGGGAUCCUUUGCGUCACAGAACUUGGCAGUGGAGUGAUGGCUCCAAAACUGACUUCUCCUCCUGGGAUGAAGGAGAGCCCAACAACUAUGGGGGCAAUGAGUACUGCGUUGAGCUGCGGGAACGGAAAGGAUAUCGCAAGUGGAACGAUCGGAACUGCGAUCAUGGGAGUCCUUUCCUCUGCAAGUGCCCACUCAAGUUCCAGCACAAGAAUGAGGAAACCUUGGAGACGAAAAUUGCUGCGCCAGAUUCCACGCCAGCCCCCCAGUGA